UUCGUUCAGGGACUCCGCAGAAUGUCAGGGUCCCCUCUGCCAUCGAGAGAGAGGUUGCCGUCCCCAGUCCGUCGACGCGCCUCGAAUGCCAACCUUUUGGGUGCCCCGGUCAACAGAGACGAUUCAGCAGGCUCAAGAGGUUCAAGACGCAGAACCAGUCAGCUCCUUGGGGAAAUAUUCUCUGCCGCGGAGCUCGAAGCUCCAGGUCUCCUUGACUCGCCCCGCGACGAUUUGCCAUAUGAUCGUUUGAAGCUUGAAGGUCUUGUUAACUACCACGUCGGCCAGCUUGAACGGCUUAAGCGAGAAAUCCAGGGUCAUAACGAGACCAUUGGGCAACUGGCAUGCACCCUCCGCAGUAUGCGCCACAAAGACCACCUCGUCCACGCUGCUGGAUGCUUGAACGCCCGCAUUCAGGGGGUGAAAAACACGAGAAACCGCCUCGCAAAGUUCGUCAUGUUCCAUUUGCAAGAGAUGGAGCGAAUUGAGGAAUUCGGGCGGCCUUUGGGGUUCAGACCCGGGAGAUUUAGGGAGCUCCCCACAUUUGGAGGGUGGAAUCGUUUGUUUGCAGACGAUUACCACUAAACCGAGGGAGCCUUCUUACCGUUUUACGGCUCGGGUCUUGGCGUCCGGUGGAGUUAUGGCAAUUGUGAUGCUCCCCUUGGGUUUCGGUUUUAUGAAGACAGGAAGAAGGGGAUUACGUCCGGUGGUCUGUUGGUCUGGCAUGCAGGCGUAUGUCAUUGUUGCUGGUUCUCAGUCACUGCCGGAAUUCAACGCAUAUUGUGCUGAUUUGUCGGGAAAUUAGGCGUUACAUGGUCAUACUAAGCGGUGACAAGGGAAGGCAGGAAGGAAUCCAAUUAUUUUACAGGAGGCCUAGAUCCAAAUUCAUUCCGUGGCGUCCCGUAUAGAAUUUGGAGGAAUGAAUGAACUGCUGGGCAUAAAAGCGGGCACUAUCAAGCUAGAACCGGCUUUCUUUGAGGCCGAUCAGGUAGUACGGAAUGAUAUUGGAAGCCUUUUGUAAAUCCUAAGGUAUCAACGGGUAUAAGCAAAGCUACUUUCCCGCGUGCAGUCGCU